AUGUUUUAUGGAAUAACACCAUUUUACUCAAACUCGCUCAAGGAAACAUAUUCAAAGAUCCAAAGCAUAGAUUUUCAGUUUGAAGAAGGGAUUUCUGAUGAAUUUAAAGACCUGAUUAGUAAUUUAAUAUGCAGAAAGGAGAUAAGAUAUGGGUUUGAGGAGAUUAAAACCCAUAGCUUUUUCAAGGAAAUAGACUGGGACAAUCUAAGAAAGCUAGAUCCGCCAUUCAAGCCCCAUGUUUCAAAUGAUGAUGACAUCAGUAACUUUGUUGAUACUGACUUUAGUCCGGACACAAGUGCAGCUAAAAGUGGGUUUCUCAAUUUUAUAGGAUUUACACACGAUCCUGACCAUGUCUCUAAUAUCUUAAGUUCUAUUGUAGAGUCGUACAAUGUUAUCAGCAACAAAAGUUCGGGAUCCAGUGUAGCUCAAAUAGAUCGGGUGGUAUCAAAUGACAGUGUGUGCAAAAGUUGCGAUGACGAUGGCACAACUGUGUCUGGAGCCGUGAUGGAAAUCGAGGGCCAUCCAAGUGAGAAAGCAAAGCUAAGUGAAAUCACCAAAACAAUACAGUGCAAAAUAAAUGAGCUUAGCGAUCUAACGAACAUGGUAAAUGAACUUCAGAGCAACAAAUACGAAUUAUCUUCCCAGCUGUCGUCGCUCAACCAAUGUCUACAAGGUACUCUUGAUCAAAUAUCUGUAAAGAAAGCAGUGCUUGAGCAAAUACAAACAGAGAUUAAAAUGGCCAAGGAGCAUUUGCAACAAAUAAGGACGGAUAUUGUGGAGAAACUAGGGGUGGCUUCCUCUGAUAGAUCGGAAGGGAUUAAUAUUGCUGGGAUAGCAGAAGAUCUGAAAGAUAUUAAAAAAUCAAUAGAGAGAUUUAAAUUCACAGACAGGCUUGAUGAAAUAAAGGAGACAGCAUAUUGGCUUUAUAAACAGAACCAGAAUCUAUCAAAUGAGAUUAUCGCCAGCUCGCAGAAGGAGAACGAAAAUAAAAGUUUGGAGGAUUUGAAAAAACAGCUGAGAAUGCAAAAGAGUGAAAUUAGAGAAUACGAACAGAAGAUCGAGAAUGAGCUAGUUUUAAGAAGAAAGUUGGAAGAAGAGAUUAAAGUUCUCAAAAAAUCUUUGAAAGAAGCCUCAAGAUCGUUCAAUAACUUUGUUGUAAAGACUGUAAAUGCCUUAUCAAACAAAGAAGUGGAAAUUUCAAUAGAGAAUGGGACAAUGAAGGUGGACAGCAAAGAGUAUCUGAUUAAUACGGUCUUUGUGCGAGAAUUGAAGAACAACGAGCUGCACCACCUGUCCGAAAAGCGAAGGUCGCUGUCUUUGCAGAUGUUUUUCCUGAAAGAGCCAGUUGGAUGUUCAUCAGGCUCAGGAUCAAGAAGAAGCUUAAAGGCACUGGAGACAGACCUGGAAAAAGAAGAAAAGAUUCGAAAAGGGCUCAGAGAUCUACUGGUAGUUCUUGAAGGAAAGAGUAAAGAGGAAGCUGAGCUACAGAUGAAGGGGUCGUUGAAGAAAAUAGAGGAGCUAAAGAUAGAAAUAGAAAGGGCCAAGAAGUCAACAAUAGUUGAUAGUUGUAUUGAUGACUGCGAAAAGGUUUAUGAGUUUAAGAGCCACCUAUUUUAUGAGACGACAGUUGCAAAAGGAACACUGUGUGAGCACUGCAACGAAGUGCUAUAUGGAAUCGUAAAUCAGGCAUACUGCUGUAGAGAUUGCUUGUUGGUUGUGCAUAAGAGCUGCUAUAUUUUGGUGGAUGUCUCCUGUGAAUUAAACAAGGCAAUAAGGUGUGGGACGUCGAUUCCAAUAAUCUGCAAGACUGUUGAAGACAAAGACAAGCUUUUGAAACUGAACAGGGUCAUGUAA